AGGAUCACAUCAUGGAGAUAUUUUCCACCUAUGGGAAAAUUAAAAUGAUUGACAUGCCCGUUGAAAGGAUGCAUCCUCAUCUUUCCAAAGGCUAUGCAUAUGUAGAGUUUGAGAAUCCGGAUGAAGCUGAGAAGGCUCUGAAGCACAUGGAUGGAGGACAAAUCGAUGGCCAAGAGAUCACUGCCACUGCUGUGCUCGCCCCCUGGCCUAGGCCACCACCGAGGCGAUUCAGCCCUCCCAGGAGAAUGCUGCCGCCGCCUCCCAUGUGGCGCAGGUCUCCCCCACGGAUGAGGAGAAGGUCCCGCUCCCCGAGGCGUAGGUCUCCUGUGCGCCGGCGAUCCCGCUCCCCUGGCCGCCGCCGCCACAGGAGCCGCUCCAGCUCCAACUCCUCCCGAUAAGCAGGGCCACUGAAGAUCAUCCCCCCCUUGUAAUUUACAUUCUAUCCCAUCUGGGUCAGUUUUGUCACUUUCCUAGCCAAAGGAGGAUCAGUAGGAAAGGGAAUCCCUCACUCAUGCAGGCUUUCAAGGCAGCUAUUGAGACAUCUCUGCAGGCUGGUUUCUAGCUGCAGAAGUGUUGUCAGUUAGGGGUUGUGCCUAUAAAAAGGCCCUGUUUUCUGACUAGAAAACUUACCUGUUUCCACUAUCUGAGAGAGUUCAGUGGCAAAGCCACCAGUGAUAGGCAAGACCCUAGGUGGCAGUGUGGCCCAGCCUGGGAACUUGAUUUCUUUAUCAUGGGUGGCAUAGUUGCGCCUUUGCUGUUACUGUGCAGCAUCCUUUGGGGAAGGGAGCCACUUUUGCACAGCCAAGGUCUGUACUUUUUUGCCCCCUGCUUGAGUCUUCUUCUAACCUUGAGAGUUGCCAUAGAUGGUUGUCUAUUGGUGUACUUGCACACAUGCCACACCCCCGUCCCCCUGUUCUCUGAAAUUGGUGAGGGCCAGUGCUGUAGUAUUGGCACAGAAUCACCACUGGGCCUGUCUUUCAUGGUGGUUGUCUUGCAGGUUACCUUGGCAACAUGUAUAUUGCUUCUUUUUGCUUUUAUUGUACAGUUAGUACUAUAAAAUUUGUUUUGAGUUUUGUAACUUUGUAGCAUUUUAGAUAACAUUGUAUUUGUACUUUGUUGUGUAGAAUGAAGGAGUUGUGUUGAAUAAACCUAGGAUUAGAGUGAAGAAUGCUGGUAUCACUGCCUCCUUCCCUUAGUCCCCACAACACUUAAUUAUUAAUGACUCCUGGCUCCCCAAUAAGAACUGAAUUUUGGUUUCAUUUCCAAAGUGACACUUUCAGAGCUUUCAGCCAGGAGAGCACAGAGCCAGUGUGCUACAGGUAUGCAGUUGCUCCUCUGGACAGAUAGGAGAGAUGGGUAUCAAUCACCUUGAUCUCAGAAGCUUCAGAUUCUGCCAGACCAGAAACAGGAAUCUUAGUUGCUACUACUGUAUUAAGUAGCUAUAGAAAAAAUAAAAUAUUUUUCCACCUUGAAAGAAUUGGAAAUGCUCAGAUGAUAACAGAACAAGUCAGGAUCGCCCAAAACAGCUAAGCCCAGUGCUUCAAAUGGUCAGGACAAGACCCCAUCAGACAAUAAAGGGGCCUGCUUUCCCACCCCUCAUUGCCCUGCCCUGCCAGGGGCACCUUAAUUCAUGUCCUUUCUGUAUUCAAAUAAAGUGUUUUAAGAAGUGCCAUGGCCUUCUUGAGGGUGCCUGCUGGCCUUCAA